AUGAAGCACAUACGAAAGCUACUGAAGUCCCCAAAGGAUGGGAGUCCAAGUCGCGGAAGUCCGUCGAGGCCAGAGACGCCAUGGCCGAACAAUAGUGUGCGAGGUUCUACUUCCAGGGCUGGCUCGCCGGUCGCCGUGUCUGCACUUGUAUCCAGCCCACUCGUCCCGGUGCCUUCAUCGCCUCACAUUGAACCCGCUCAGACCAAGCCCACUGGCACUAGCAAGAAUAACUGGAAGAACCUCGACGCAUUUCUGGAAGCGCUGAAGCGCAGCUCCGCAUUCUCGCCGCUUGUAUCGGCGAUCGAAGACCUGAGCUGGUUUAUCCGGACCUAUGAGAGCGUCUCUACCACGCGCACAGAGUACGAUGCUCUGCGGAUCAAGCUCGAGGGGCUAUUCACCAACCUUCGUGUCCAUUUUGUCAGUAACACUCCGCCGGCGAUAACAUCCAGCAUAACGAACCUAUGCGAAGCCAUUCAGAUUGAGCUACGGGAGGUCUAUGGCACGAAGGACAGGAACGUCAUAUCUCGUUACCUCCAAGCGGAGCAAGAUCUCGACAAGAUUGUAGGAUGCUAUCGUCGUAUCGAAGACCAUCUUGAGAGAGUGAUGAUGAACGCAAGCUUGAACACAUGGAGGAUCGUAGACGGGCAAGCAUCAGACGCCAAACUGGAUAGACUCAAGCCGUCGAUGUCGGCGUGUUACGACUCUGCACAGGCAAACGUGGUACAAAGAAGACAAUGUGCCGCCAAAACUCGCGAGAAAGUCAUAUCAGACCUGGAAGCAUGGAAAAACAAGCGUGAAGGGGAAAAGGUGUACUGGGUCAACGGCAUGGCCGGGACAGGCAAGACUACUAUUGCCACUACACUGUGCUCUACCCUCGACGAAAGAUAUGAGCUCGGUGCCAGCUUCUUUUGUACUAGAUCUCUUCCGGAAUGUCGUGACGUCAAGCUCAUUCUACCCACCAUUGCAUAUCAGCUUGCCCGUUUCUCUCAGCCGUUCCGAGGCGCACUACUUCAGGUCCUGGAGCGAGAUACGGACGUACAUACCAAACUUCCACAGGUGCAGCUCCGGCGCAUGAUUCUUGAGCCUCUGCAGAGCGUUGCAAGAAGCUUACCUAACAAUAUGGUCGUGGUCAUAGAUGCGUUGGACGAGUGUGAAGACGGAAAUGAAGUCGGCCAAAUACUGCAAGUACUACUCGAGAACGCAUCAGCGAUCCCUAUCAAGUUCCUGGUAUCCAGUAGACCAGAGUAUCAUAUCAGACAGAAGAUCCGCGAAGCGAAGCUCGAAUCGAAGCUGGUCCUCCAUGACUUGGAUGAGAAGAUGGUCGAGGCGGAUAUUGCCACAUACCUACGCGCUGAGCUAGCAGAGCUUUCCGUGCCAGUCACCGAAGAACAAAUUAGUACGCUUGUACAGCGGGCGGGUGCUCUGUUUAUAUAUGCCGCUACUGCGAUUAGAUAUAUCCGGGGCGGAGACUUGCUAGAUCGUUUGGACUCUAUUCUGAAGGCAUCAAGUACCGGACAAGGGACUUCCAACCAGACCAAAGAAAUCGACCUACUAUACGAGAUCGUGCUCAAGUCCGCAUUUAACGAGGGUCUAGAAGAGGGCGAGAGAAAUCGAAUGCAGCUCGUCCUGCACACUGUAGUCUGCGCACAAGAGCCGCUCACUGUGUGCGCGUUAGCAGGGCUCCUCAACCUCACUUCCGCCAGGGUAAACGCUGCGUUGAAGCCCUUGUGGUCUAUCCUACGUGUAUCGAACUCAGACGUGGAAGAUCGAGUCAGCACGCUACAUGCGUCAUUCCCAGACUAUAUGCUCAACUCAAGCCGAUCCGGAAACUUUGCAUGCGAUGCGAAUGCUCAUAACGCCACGCUGGCUAAGCUUUGCUUUGAGCGUAUUGAACGACAUAUCCCACAGUUUAACAUUUGUAAUCUUCCCUCCUCAUAUCUAUUCGAUACGGAGGUUCUGGUAUUGAUGAAGAUGUCAAGAGGCAUGUGCCUUUAG